AUGCAAUACAUAACAUCAGGAGACAACAUCAAGGGCAGCGCAGAGGAUCUAAAACGGAGGAAGAGCCUGUAUUGCAAGCUGCAACAAUUCAGGGCGGAUCUUCCGAAGCGGUUUCGAAUGGAGUUCAACUUCACUCCCUCCACUGCCUUCCUCAGGAUGCACGAAAACGAAAUCGCCUACGUCCUCCUCACCUCCCUCCAUCCCUCUACCAAAUUCGACACCCCAUUCACAGACACGGCCACCACCGUCAAAUCCCUCACCCUCCAGCACUGCCUCUCCGACACAACCCUCGCCGAGGCCUACCUCCAAAAGUACACCGUCAACUCUUACACCACGCGCCAGCUUUUCGUCACGAUGCAGGCCCUCAUCCCCUUCCUCAACGACGGCCACGCCGCCACCAACGACCUCUUCACCCGUCUCUGCAUGAUGGGCGGCCUCACCGCGCGCGUCGUCCGCAUGACCGUCCACCUGCUGCAGGCCGCGCAGGCCAUGGCGUGGGCGAUGAAGCAGGACAUCCCCGAGGCCGCGAAGCCGUACCUCGAGCCGUGGGUCAAGCUCGCGAUUCAGGAAAGCGAGACGACGAAGCCGCCGAGCUACUCGGUGCCCGACAGGGAGGAGAUCAAGGAGCUGCUGGCCGAGAGCGAUCGGGCCGUCGCUGGGCCGAACGAGGGCAGCGGCGCCGAGCUCUGGGCCUUGGUGGAGAAGUGGGUUCUGAGUGGUGGCUCAAAGUGA